AUGCUAUCGUAUUGGCGCCGCCGAUCGUCGAAUGCCUCCCCUGUUCCUCCCACCUCACAGCCCACCCCGAAAGUACCUCCCCAGCUACCGCUGAUUCCUGAUUCGACAGCCUUGACUGCGACCUUUGACGAGAAGCUCACCGCAGGAGAGGAGGCACCGAAUGAUUAUUUCUCGAACUUCGAUGGAGAAAAAACAACCCUUUCUGUCUCCACCAUCGAUGCCCCGGCGCCAUCAUCCUCGAGCGGCACGCCUGCAGUUGCACCACCUUCCUCGGAUGACUAUAUACGACCCCGAUCGAGCCCAGACGAGCGCGAUACUGAGCCAUCCCUGAUUGCUCAACCUAAUCACUCGCAACCCUCCCUGCCCCCUACAACACCAGGCCUGAUCCACGGGGACGCAUCCAAGCCCAGUUCGCCUUUUGCGGUCUCCUCUGGAAAAGAUCGAUUGACUCCCAAGGGCCCGGACGGCCAGUCGAAGCGCUCAACCUCUCCCGGAAUGGCACCAUCCGGCCAUCGACGCUUUCGAACUUCCCCCGACGUGUCUCCGGGAGAUAAGCUGCCAGCUCCGCAAAAAGAAUAUCGGUUUGAGGGGCCUACUAGUCGCCGGCAAACUGAUCGUGAUGUGCAGCCGGUGGAACCCGUUUCGCAGAGAGGGUCGGGCAAAACCAUGCUGCAUUUACUGAAUCCGUUGUCACUUCUGGCCAAAAGACGAUCUCACCAGGUGGCGGGAUUGCGCGCGGAAGACGUCAAUAAAGGCUCUAGAAAUAUCAUCCCAAUUCCCGAUGAUUAUGACCCGCGCAUACGAGGGAAGAUUGUCCAUGACUUUAGUGCGCCACGUCCUAGGCGUCAGCUCUCUGCUGCUCCAGUCCACCGACAGGAACAAGUUGGUCAACCGGGCGCAUCAACUGCCGCUCAGCUCGAACAUGCUAAUGAUGAGAAGAGCCCGUAUUCUCCUCUGUCGGAGCAGCUGAAGAAGUACAACGAUCACUCGCCAGUAUUCAGGGAGCAUUUUGAGGAUGAUAAGAGGGCUCUACAGGUCGAAAACAAAGCCUAUCUGCAAUCAUCUUUAUUGACGGACCCCUUGAACCGAGAUCGCGAUCCACAUGCAAUCCCUGUAUUCGCAAGAAAGUUACCUUCUUCCAUAACGGACCCUGAUAAAGUACCAGAGGAACAGGCAAACUCGAGUCAUGAAAUUGAGUCGACGGAUGACGCUGCCACGACAGCGGUAGAAGACGCUGAUACCGUUGAGAUCGAACUACCCCAUCAGGCCUCGGGACUACCAAAACACUUCAAGAGCAAUGCGUCCCGAUUCAGUUUUGACAUGAAUGGCGUCGGCUCGUCAACGCAGGAGAAACUUCUGGAGGAGAAGCAUAAAGAGAAGGAAGCUGCGCGAAAAGCUGAAGCGCGCCUAAACGGUGAAUUUAGCGACGUUGACGACGAUUACGAAAAUGACAUGUUUGAUGAUAUGGACGGCCUGGAGGAAGAGAUUCCUGGCGUCAAUGUGGACGCUGAUGAUGGCGACGAUUUCAAAGAUUUCUCAGGCCCCGGAAAUAUCUGGAACAAGUCAUGGCUCGCGCCCAAUCUGUCUCCAGUUGUUGCUAGCCCUGUUCAGCCGGACGUGUCAACCCUUCAAGGCCAACAGCCUACCGCUCCCCAGCAAGAAAAGUCCUAUCAUAGUUCAACGGAGCCUCUAUCUCUAUCACCAGAUACAAUGCUGCCUGAUAAUGCCACGGACCCUUCGAAGACUUUUCAACGAGAGUCCAAGGACCUGUCCAGUAUCCCGCUACAAACCAUUCCGGAUGAGGAUGAUUUGUAUUUCGAUGAUGGAGAGUUUGGUGAAUUAGACACCGAAGGUGCUGGGGGACACUUUGAUGAGUCUGUUUUCGACGACCCAGCAAGUCAUCUAUACGAGCGGAGACAUCCUACCGCCACUGUUCAGCUUCAACCUGAAAUGCCGGGCAAAGCUGAUUCUUUUCCGUUGCAAACCAUCCCGGAUGAAGAUGAUUUAUACUUUGACGAUGGAGAAUUUGGCGAAUUAGACACCAAAGAUGCCGGGGAGCGGUUUGACGAAUCUAUUUUUGAUGAUCCUACAAGCCACCUUUACGAGCGGAAACAACCUACAGCCCCCGUCCAGCCACAAGCUGAAAUCUCAGACAUAGACGCAGGCUCUAGCGGCGGUCUGAAGCAUGUAUCGAGUACCGCCAGUGAUUAUCAUCAAGGAUUCGCCCCAAGGAGAUACGGCAGCAUCGCGGGGAACAUGCCGAACCCUGUGCUUGCUAACUCACACAGUGGGAUCCUCUCGGAGCAUAACCUGGAGGCUUUUCAUAACGCUCUGGCAGACGCAGCCAAUCAGUCCGCUGCAAAAGGCCGCCUUGGACAUACCACUAGCGUCAGUGAACGGUCAAUAGCCCAAGAAAGUGCACACACCGCGGACUCUCAACCAGGGCUUGUAUCUGACGAAAGCCGUAUCAGCCAAGCAAUGGAUAUGGUGUCCUUUGACGAAGUGCUGGACGACUUUGAUUACGACGAUAAUGAUGAUAUGCUCUACGAUGAUCCGAUAAUUGCGGCUGCCAAUGCAGAAGCCCUAGAAAACGAUGAUGAGGGCUUUUAUGGCCACGAGUUUGGUUUCUAUGCGCAGGCGUAUGGUGCUGCGAACUCCGAGCUCACCAAUGGGGGCUAUUUUGGUCCCCGGGGCGCAGAAGGGAUCUCUCGCUCUCACAGUGGUCGUGGAAAGUUCCGAGAACCCAGCCUUACGCCUAUCACGGAGCGUAGUGAAUGGAGUACACGCAACUCAAUCAUCUCCGUCAAUGCUCAUGGGGUUGCCCAUUCCAAUCAAUCUGUAUCAAGCCCUGGCCUUGCCCAGCUCGUUGAUCUAAACAGCAUAGAUGACGAGAUGUCGUUGAGCGCUCUCAUGAAGCUUCGACGCGACGCCUGGGGUGGAAGCAAUGGCAGUCUUCGCAGCAGCAGCGGCAGCCCUCCUCCCCAGCAAUACCCCGCGUCGAAUAGAGGCAGUCUUGCCUUAUCCGAUGUGAGCCCGACAGUUCAUACCGUUCCUCCAGACUUUCUAGGAGGGCCGUCGGAUUCUCCUAUCAGAGAAUCCGACAAAAGCACAUGGGCGUAUUUGCCCCAGCAACGCACGGAGCGGACCAUCGCCGGAGACGGAGACUCAUAG